AUGGAGGAGGAGGCUCACAAAUUGGAACUUGAAGUAUUAUCCAGUCCUCUCGUUGCUAGCCGUGAAGCACAAUUUGGUUUCCAGAUAAAUGAGUCUGUGGUCUAUUUGAUACUGUUUUCCAGUACUGCGGUGCUGCAUUGUGCGAUAUUUAACUUCAGUUCGGAGCUACGACAGUUCUUGCAAGUCGACAUGUACCCCUUUGGAAUAGUGUUGCUGCUAAGCUGGACAUUUGCUGGUUUAAUUCAUUUCUUCGGCGGUUUGGCCGGUGAUCUCGUGCGAGAUCGAGUGCUACUUUUACGGCGCACUGCUGUGCUGUGGGGUAUUGCUGUUUUGGCGUUUCAUGUUGCAGCCUUUCAGAUGUCGUCGCUGGUGUCUCUAGUAAGUAUGGUCUCGGGCUUAUUGUGUGCCGGAGUCGCACACGGUAUCGUGUGCCCUAAUGUGAUCGCUUUGGGUGUAGAAUCAAAGUUCUCAGCAGAAAGUGAAGCGUCAUACCUAUCCGAUGUCUCAAGUACAAUGUCUGAUGAGCAGCAGCAGCAUUAUGACUCUGGAAGUCACAAUUUCUUUACUGUCUGCUUUGCGGCGAGGUUAGCGGGCUCUACACUUGUGCAGGGAUAUUACUUUGUGUUGGUGGAUGUGGAAACGUUUUCAGCCGACAAUGAACAGACGACUGUGGACUCGCGUGGGUUUCACUGUUUGCUUCUAAUGAGCUUCGGCCUGAUGGCAUCUCUCAUCUACUUUUGCUUUCAAUCGUGGAACUACAGUCACAGUGAUGAUUUCACCUCUUCAAAUGAAACUAUUUGGACCUGGAGCUGGACGAAUCUGGUGCGUCUGUGCAACCGCGUGUUGGUGGGCUAUGCGCUGCUAGCGUUCGUGCUAAUGACAUUGAUUGGUGCCGGGUUUUCCUUGGUGGCGGUGCUCCUGGCUACCCGAUUUUCACUUCCUGUUCGUUUGGUAGCGUUCUUGCUUACCGUGACGGGCUGGCUACUUACAAUGGUUGCGAGCUCACGGCAACUGAAUCCAACGAAAAAACAUCUUGUUCGCGUGAGCCGUCGUCUAGGUUUACGCUCCCGUCAGCUUUACUUGGCGAUUUUUGCGGUCGCCUUUAUCUGUGUGUCGGGAUGUGUUGCAUUCCUACGUGCGCAACUGUACUCGUCCAUGUUGGCUCAAGUUUGUCAAACUCGGUUAUUGAUUCCGGGCACUAUCAGUACAUACUUCAAUCCGGAGUUGCUGGGCACUGCGGUUGGAACGUCGUCUCUGGUUUUUAUCGGUCUCUUUCGACUGCUUCCAUCAUUGGCGUCGUGUCCACCGGUGACACGAAUGUGCUUCGCGAUGCUGCUCUACCUUGUCAGCGUGUUUCUAUCAAGUGUGGUGGAACUUUACCGUCGUCAAGCACUGGUGAGCCCUUUCGUGUUGUCACGCAGUUGUGGAGCUGUGCACUCGGAAUUUACGUUCAUCUGGACGUCGCCAUACAUGAUCUUGCUAGGUGCGUCCGACGCACUCUUUCGUGUGAGCUUCCAGGAAGCAUGCCAUGAUCUAGUACGAGGGUCUUUCGGAUCAUCGUCCCGCCGUUGGACUGGUACAGUGCAAGGUGCCAUCUCGUUAGCUGAAGCGCUGGGUUACACGACCGCUCUUUCUCUCGUUGCGGUGCUUUCUCGGUGGCUUUUCCAGCGUGAGCCAACAGAUAUGGCUCUCUUCUUUUUGCUCUUGACGACUGUGAUCGCUCUUACACACGCAAUGCUCAACAGGAUUGCGGCUCGAGCACAGGAUUAUCAGCGUUUGUAUUUCUCUGUACGUUGA